AUGUCACGAAGCGGGCAACACGAGGAUCAUGUCGACCUGUCCGACAUCAGGUGGAAGAUGCUGGUCGCCUGCGACAUCUGCAGAAAACGGAAGGUUCGAUGCGACGGUCAAAGACCUUGUUUAAGAUGCAGCAAAGGUGGCAAGGAAUGCACUUUCUCGACACCAAGGCGAGUCGUGGUGCAUCCCGAAAAUGUCGCAAGGGCCUCGAAGCGCCCCAGAACAAGCUCUUUCUCCCCAGGAGCUGCAUCGUCGUCCGCUGCUUCCAGUGUUCCAACCGCGACGGGGAAGGAGCCUCCGUCAAGAUCGGGCAAAGAACACCUCCUGCUCAUCGACUCAGAUGACCAGAUUGUUUAUUCGGGAGAAUCUACGGGGAUGCCCUUGUUCGCUCGGCUCGGUUUGCUUCAGACUGUUGAGGUAUCGGAAAGCGACGUGACUGGGACAUCCUUUGCAUCCCACUCAGCAGGUGCAUUGGGCAUAACGGGAGCCACGACCUCUUCCAGCGACUAUUUCGAUCUUUGCCUCCAACAUUGUCCACAGGAACUCAUGUCCAAGUUGAUAGGCUAUCAUUUGAACACCCCGGUCUUUUUUCCACUCCUUCACGCUCCUUCCUUCUUAUCCGAGUUUGUCGCGGUCACUCAGCGUCGGUUGGUAUGCACUGCUCAGUAUGGCGCACUCCUGAUGAGCAUCCUCGCCGUGACGGCACGCCUGGUCGAAAGUGCCAGAGCGCUCUUUCCGACGUCGGACCGCGAUCAAGCCGGUGAAGCUUACUUUGAACUCGCCCAAGACUUUAUCCGAAUCAGCAAGAACAAGCUCGACAUCCGGCACAUCCUCGCUCUUUACCACCUUGCAUUAUUCGCAGAGGGUUGCACCGCCAGCUCUGCCAGCUCAGUCUCCAGCUUCGUCGCGGAAGCCGUCGGCCUGGCAUUUACAACUGGGCUGCAUCGAAGUACUAAGGAGUUCAACAUGGACCCAGUGACGCUGCAGAUCCGGACCCGCCUCUUUUGGGCCCUUUAUACUUUGGAUAUCGCCCUAGCCUACUCUCAGGGACGGCCGCCGCUCAUCAGGCUGUCCGAGUGCAGUGUCGACCUUCCUGUCAUUGUCGACAACGAGUACAUUAAAAAGACGGAGAUACUUCCACAGCCAGAGGGCGACCCACCGCUGGCAAUGGCCGCUGCCGUCAAAAUGAUCGAGAUAUACAUGGUCCUUGAACAGGUGCUGUCUGCGAUCAACGCUCCAUCACGAACCCCGGCGGCCGCUUUCUCUCUGAGCGAUCCUCCCCUCGACCGGAGCGACCUCAUGAAGCGAGCGCAGAAACGACUGGACAAGAUUGAACGAGAUCUGCCGCCAUAUAUGUCGCAGAUUGGUGUAAAACCUAAUCCAACCUCGAAUUUCUUCUACUCUUGCCGCGUCCGGACCGUCCUCCAAUUUGUUAGGACCCUCAUUGCCCGUCAAGGCCUUAUUGACGAGUUGGAGACUGGUCCGACGUCCUCCAAGGAGGAGACCAGCUUCGCCACCUCGGAAGCCUGCCGCCUGUCCGUGGACACCGUGAAGACCUAUUCACGGCUACGGCAUUUGGGCCUUCUGCGCCUCUGCGGUUUCCAUGCUGUGUCCCACAUUACUGCCGCCGCGCAUACGCUCAUUGCGUGCAUGUUGAGGAGCUCCAAUCUCGCAUUCGAGCAUCGACCGGACUUGCUCACGGCCAUCGACAUCCUACUAGUCUUCUCUUCACCCUUUCCGCAUGUGGAGACGGUUGCACAGCUACUUGUUCAGUUGUCUCGUACUUUAGAUCAUAAUCAUGGUUCGAACAGCCAAAGUGAGGCCGUCGCAGUCCGAGUGCUUGCCCGGAGGAUGGCGCGCUCCCCUUCUAGGAGGGUCGAGCCGCCUCUUCUGACGCCAGCUUUCUCCUGGCCAUCAUGGAAAGGCGAUUCUGCUCAACGACCUGACGUUGAACCUCUGUCCAACCGACUCUCCACAGCUGCACUUCCUAAUGCCUCCUCGUCCAGCUAUACUCAGUCAACUGUCUCGGAUACCGUCCUGCCGCCUGCUGCUCAUUCACUCGAUACGUCGAAUUUCAGCACCACUAACGAGACUUCCACUUGGCUUUCGUCGAUACCCACCGAGUCAGUCGAGCCCCGGUGGAUAUAUAAUGCUUCAGAUGAUGCGGUGUGGGACGACAGCUUUUCAUUCCUAAACGACGGACUCUUCAGCAAACUUUGA